UUUUGUCCGCUUUCUUUGUCUGUAAUGUUCAUAGUGUAUAGACCGUAUGGCCGACACAAUACGAGCUCUGCGUGUAUCUUGGCCUGACUGUAUAUCUGUAGUGUACAGCAAUAAAUAAAGCGGCUCGUGAUACUUUCUUCAGUCGGUAUACAGAAGAUAAACGACGGAUUAUUUGAAGAUGGAGAAUGGAGGGCCGCAAGUGCCACAACUUACAUGGGCUCAAUAUCUAUACAGCCAGUAUUUGAACUUCUUCUAUAUUCCGGAUGGAGGGGUCUUGAAGCGAUUGUGUGACCGAUGGUAUGGUCGGCUGACCGAUCGGAUCUAUCAAUACGUCACUGAGCAUGCGCAGAGGGGAGAUCCAGACAGUAUCAUAAAGGCGUUGGAUCGUUUCAACCGUGAACAGCAGUGGACAUUCUGUCUCGGUGACGAAAAAGGACACAUCGUGAGAAAGAUCGUGCAGAAAACGAAACCGAAGACGUGUCUGGAGCUCGGCACUUUCAUCGGCUACUCGGCUAUCAAUGCCGCUCGGGAACUUCCGGAAGGAUCGCGCUACCUCUGUGUGGAGCCUGACGAAACUCGGGCUGCUACUGCAAGAAAGUUGAUCGAAUUUGCAGGAUUACAAGAUGUGGUCCAAGUCAUCAAGGGUUUUUCCACUAAAGUCAUUCCAAAUCUCAAAGACGAGUUCGACAUCGCCAGUUUUGAUUACGUGUUCAUCGAUCACGUAAAAUCUUUGUACAAACCCGAUCUGAUCCUCCUCGAAGAGCACCAGCUUUUGAAAGCUGGAACCGUCGUCGUUGCGGACAACAUCGUCAUACCAGGGUCUCCGGCGUAUAUCGAAUACGUCCGAAAUUCACCGAAGUACGAAUCGGAAUACUUCGCGAGUGUGUUAGCGUAUACUAAUCUACCGGAUGGAAUUGAAAAAUCAACCUUUGUUUGAUGCUCUUCCUCCAAAGGGUCUCAUUCUAAAUUGUAUUUAAUUUCAUCACGAUAAACCGAUUAUAAUUUUACUUUGACAUGUUUCCGUUAUAAGGCUAUGCAUAAUUAAAUUACAUUAUUUUUACCAGAAAAUGUCAGAAUGAAAUCUGAGAAGAAUCGUUUGUCAUUGACCUACUGAAAAAAGCAAAUAUCUUUUUAUUUUUAUAUAAGAA